AUGCAGUGCUACCAGUGUCGCUCGGACCGCGACGAGGGCUGCUACGAAGCGCCCGUCGACGACAAUUACCUGCUGAGCUGUCCAGACAACGACACGGGCGGCUCGCCCUUCUGCCGCAAGAUACACCAGAUACUGUAUUUCACGAAGAAUAAUGACGAGGCGUACGUGCGGGAGUGCGGCUACCUGCGGCACCCCGAGAAGGAGGCGUGCUUCCUGUCCCGGUUCCCACACACGGGCUACCAGCUCACCUGCGAGUGUGUCAACGAUGCCUGCAACCGUGCCGAGGUUUGCAACCUGCCGACAUUUGCCGCAGCCGCGACAAUCACCGUCGUCAUCGCCAUAGCCAUCUAG